UAUUGUCGCCAGCCAUCCACCUGCUUUCCCACUGACCCCUUGACACACCACCAAAGAAGGAAAGUCCUCGGAAAGAUCUGCUUAUGAAUAGCACAAAAAUCUCAAACUAUUUGUGCCUUCAGGUUUAGCUUCCAAUCUUGAAGGACUGGAAAAAAUCAACAAUGUUUCAAAAGACUUUAGUCUGCCUCCUCUUCCUUCUCCUCCUAAAUCUUGCAGUUUCCACCAGCGAUGAUGGCUUCACCUUCAACGGAUUCACUGGUGCCAACCUCACCCUUGAUGGCAUCGCAUCGAUCACAUCCAACGGCCUCCUGAUGCUAACCAACAAGACGAGGCAGAUGAAAGGCCAUGCCUUCCAUCCAUCCUCCUUUCACUUCAGAAAGCCUCCAGAUGGUAAAAUCUUCUCCUUCUCCGCUACCUUUGUGUUUGCAAUAAUCUCAGAGUAUGGCGAUCUUAGUGGCCAUGGAAUUGUCUUCUUAGUCUCCCCCACUACAGACCUCUCCACCGCCUUACCAAGCCAGUACUUGGGCCUCUUCAAUUCAAAGAACAACGGUAAUUCGACCAAUCAUAUCUUUGCAGUUGAGCUAGAUACAAUUCUUAGCUCUGAGUUCAAAGAUAUCGAUGAUAACCAUGUUGGAAUCGAUAUUAACAGCUUAACAUCCAACAGUUCUCAUACUGCUGGUUAUUAUGCUGAUGAUACUGGUUCGUUCAAGAACCUGACCCUUAUUAGUGGCCAACCCAUGCAAGUAUGGGUAGACUACGAUGGCGAAGAGAUGCAACUCAAUGUUACCAUGGCUCCCAUUAGGAUGUUCAAACCCCGCCGGCCCCUCUUGUCUUCCACCAUCGAUCUCUCAAGCGUGCUGGUGGAUCCGAUGUACGUUGGAUUCUCUUCAUCAACAGGCUCCGUUCUAACAUCUCACUAUGUCCUUGGAUGGAGCUUUAAGAUGAAUGGAAUAGCCCAAGCGCUUGAUUACUCGAAGCUACCUUCGCUCCCCCGCAUAAAACCGAAGGGCAGAUCGAAGGCUUUGGACAUUUCGCUGCCUUUAGCUUCAGCUGCAUUUGUUCUGAUGAUCGUUGGAGCUGCAACAUUUCUCGUGAGGAGGAGAAACAAGUACGCGGAGCUGCUUGAAGAUUGGGAGCAUGAGUAUGGGCCUCAUCGGUUCUCGUUCAAGGAUUUGUUCAGAGCUACUAAAGGCUUCAAAGACAAGGAGCUGCUCGGGAUAGGAGGCUUCGGGAGGGUCUACAAGGGGGUGCUGCCCACUUCUAAGAUGGAGGUCGCAGUCAAAAGAGUUUCCCAUGAAUCGAGACAGGGGAUGAGGGAGUUCGUAGCUGAGGUUGUGAGCAUCGGCAACCUCCGCCAUCGGAACCUCGUCCAAUUAUUGGGUUACUGCCGGCGCAAAGGAGAGCUCCUCUUGGUAUAUGAUUACAUGCCAAACGGCAGCCUCGACAAGUUCCUCUAUGAUCAAGAGAAGCCUGCUCUUGAUUGGAAUCAGAGGUUUCGAGUCAUCAAAGGAGUGGCAUCAGGUCUCUUAUACCUGCAUGAGGAUUGGGAGAAGGUGGUCAUCCACCGAGACAUCAAGGCAAGCAAUGUUUUGCUGGAUAAUGAGCUGAACGCAAGAUUAGGUGACUUCGGCCUUGCUAGACUCUACGAUCAUGGAACCGAUCCCCAGACCACUCAUGUUGUCGGAACCAUGGGCUAUCUUGCUCCAGAACUUGCGAGGACUGGAAAAGCAACCACAAUCACCGAUGUGUUUGCUUUUGGAGCCUUCAUCCUAGAGGUAGCCUGCGGGAGGAGGCCGAUAGAGGCGAAUGCGGAGGAGGAGCACAUUGUUUUGGUGGACUGGGUUCUUGAGAACUGGCGGAGGGGCACAAUUGGUGAGACAAGGGAUCCAAGGCUGGGAGAAGACUAUGCCGUGGGGGAGUUGGAGCUGGUGUUGAAGCUUGGAUUACUCUGUUCGCAUCCGCUGCCAGCAGCCAGGCCGAACAUGCGACAAGUGAUGCAGUACUUGGAUGGUGAUGCGCCACUUCCGGAACUGUCGCCAGCUUACCUGAGCUUCAACGUUCUGGCAACGCUUCAUAAUGAAGGAUUCGAUGAUUAUAUGGUGUCAUAUCCCUCUUCAGCGUAUCCAUCCUCUACUCUCACAGGAGGUAGAUGACAGUAGACAAGGGCUCUUUUUACAAGUAUAUGGGUGGUGGGAUAUUAAGCAUCCUCUUUUCUUCCCCCUGUUUCUUAGGCGAAUGUGAAAUAAUCUUUUCAGUAGGACUUGUACCACUUUAUAAAGUAAUGUAUAUUUCGCCCAUAGUUAAUAAUCCAACCGCGAUUGAACUCC